AUGCGUUGCGAACACGGUACCAAAACGUUCAAAAUCUGUCGUUGCUCUUGCAAAUGGCGAUGUAAAUGUUUGAUACCACGUAAAAAGAAAUCUCCCUUGCCGUUUAACAGGGCAACCAGCAGAGAUGUUAAAAUUGGUUUACAUCCAAAAUUGUAUACUCAUUAUUCCCAUGCACCUUCGGUUGGUCGUUACAAUGUUUUGCCAAUUAAAAGUAAAAGACAAGCGAUAAGUUGGAAGAGAGAAUUGGAAACGAAACAAUUUUCUGAAAGCUUAGGUGGUCGUUAUUUGGAAUCGCGCAUAAUUCAAAGAGAUUUGAUGAUCACAGGACGUGGCCCAGGAACUCACGAGAUAGAGCAAUGGCCGGAAAAUGUUUUGAAUAAAUCUUGCAAGAGCAUACGCGAAGACGUCAGUUUUGGCACUGUUCCACGUUUCAAAAGUGUUUACUCUAAGACACCUGGUCCAGGAUAUCUUAAAGUACAUAAUCCUUAUUAUUAUUUGGAGCUGAAUAGAUUGAAAGGUUUAUCUUCUUUACCAUCGUUCGAAUACGAUGGUCUUAUGCCAAGAUUUAAAGAUAUUCAAAGAGAUUACUCUUUGCCAUGUAACAUAUAUAAUGUAAAAGAUCCGAGAUCGAUCGAAGGUAUUUUAAAGAAAGUUACUGGAAAAAGAGGACCGUACGAUUUAUUUACAGGACCAAGGGAUGAUACUACUAUAAAGGGAUACAUGGGUCGGAAAAUAGAGGAUUAUCGAGGUUGGCCAAUAAGUUUACCCGGUGAAAUAGAAAAACUUUUAAAUAAAUCGAAUUAUUACAAGGGACGUAUCUCAACUUGUCCAAGAUUUCCAAAGAUCAGUGGAUUGAGAAUGGCAUUAAUGGAUAUAAACAUGUGUUAUAAGAAUCCAAAUGAUCCUGGACCUGGUCAUUAUAAUCCUAUCACACCUCGAAAGCCUAAAAAUAGAAUGUCUUAUCCUUUUGACAGUAACGUUGAAAAUAUUCGACCGACACUUCAAAAUAUUGAAUAUCCUGGACCAGCAAGAUACAAAAUUAAAGAGAUUAAACGUAUCAAAGGGAAUGGAUGGACUUGGAUAUUUAAAAGCAAACAACUUAGAACUAUAGGUGCCAUCAUUCCUAAACCUUACAAUGAUUUUUGA